AUGUUACCAUCUGGAUCACCGAAUAAUGAAGCAUAUGAGAAGCUUCUCGAAAGUCCCAUUUACAAAGAAUGGAUUGAAGUAUUUUCCAAUAAGUUUGUCAAUGAUAACAAAAAUAUUCUAGCAAGUUAUAAUAAAUUAUGGGUAGAUGAUCCUCUACAUAGUUGGUCACGAGGAUGGGAAUAUACAUUUGUUAUCGCAGCAAUUCAAAAGUAUGCUCCUCGUAAUAAAGAUCUUUUUAUCUUGGAUGUUGGAUCCGGUGUAACUUUUAUUGAUUGGAUGAUUAUUUACGAAGUAAUAGAAGAUCGACCUGGAUCGCGUCUUCUAGCAAUAGAUAGUCACAAGUCAUUUGGAAAAUUAUUUCAUGAAAUCAAUCAGCGAAAUAUGGUAUUGGCAAAAAAUGGACAAUAUCCAAACAAAUAUACUAUACCUAAAGUACAUUUUGCAAUGUACAAUAUUGAAGAUGAUAUACGAUUAUUGAAUUAUAGUUUUGAUAUCGCAAUUUCUGUAUCGGUUAUGGAGCAUGUACCGAAUAGUACGAGAGCAGCUCGUAAUAUAUUCAAUAGCUUAGCACCUGGUGGUUAUUUAAUUAUUACAUUUGAUAUUGACAAAAACAAUGCAAUAGUACAACAUAGUCCUUCGAAAGCUGAUAAAAUGCUAUCGGAAUUACGACAAAUGGGAAAAGAAAUAUAUUUCAAUAGCAAUGUGUUACGUAGUUAUAAUGAUGGACCAUUUCAGAACAAUAUUGAAAUGAAAGAUGAUUUGUAUACUUUAUAUGAAGGCAAAAGAAGAGACUUCGAUAAAGCAUCAUGGAUCAAUCGAAUAUCAGAACAAGCUAGAAAAGGAUUAUUUUUUUCUUGUCAUGUAUUUCAGAAACCACAAUAA